AAUUUGAGGAUAGUUACGUGAAUGAACAUUUCACAAACUCAUCAAUCAAUCCAAAAAGAAAAAGAAAGAGAAAAAAAGGGUGAAAGGUGAGUAGUGGUGGAGGAAAGAUGUUAGAUGCUGAACUUAACAAACAGUGUAAAGAUUUUCACAUCAAUCACUGGAAACACUAUAACACAACAAUACAUCAAAAGGAUUGGUUUGUCCUCCUGUUCUUCAAUGGCUUUAUAUUUUUAUUUUCUGGUUUUUUAUCUUUUCUCUGUAUCUUCUGUUAUCUGCCAAGUUACAGAGUUCAUCAGUAUAGACUGUGGAAGCACGAGUAACUACAGUGAUCCAAGAACUGGCCUAGAAUGGAUUUCAGACAAUGGUAUCAUGAACCAUGGGAAAUCAGUAGAAGUAAAAAAUCCAGAUGGAAAGUGGGUGCAGUAUCGGAGACGCAGAGACUUCCCUAUAGACAGCAAGAAGUACUGUUACAAUUUAAGCACCAAAGAGAGAAGAAGGUAUAUUGUUCGUGCAACAUUUCAGUAUGGCAGCUUAGAAAAUGAAGAUUCAUUCCCCAAAUUUAAACUCUACUUGGAUGCAACUAAGUGGUCAACUGUGACAAUUCUGGAUGCUUCAAGAAUAUAUGUUAAGGAAAUGAUCAUUAGGGCUCCCUCGAGUUCUAUCGAUGUGUGCAUCUGCUGUGCUACAACUGGUUCUCCUUUCAUAUCCACUGUGGAGCUGCGACCUCUGAACCUUUCUAUGUAUGCAACUGAUUAUGAGGAUAGUUUCUUCUUAAAAUUAGCAGCUAGAGUAAAUUUUGGUGCUCCAACUGAAGAUGCCUUAAGGUACCCAGAUGACCCCUAUGAUAGAAUUUGGGACUCAGAUCUUGUUAAAAGGCAAAAUUUCCUUGUAGGAGUUGCCCCUGGCACAGUUAGAAUCAAUACAUCAAAGAACAUAGAUAUUCAGACAAGAGAAUACCCUCCUGUCAAAGUAAUGCAAACAGCUGUUGUUGGCAAUGAAGGAACACUCAGCUAUAGAUUGAACCUCGAAGAUUUCCCUGCAAACGCUAGAGCAUAUGCAUAUUUUGCUGAAAUUGAAGACUUGGGAGCAAAUGAGACACGAAAAUUCAAAUUGUUAAUGGAUCCUUAUAUGUCUGACUAUAGCAAUGCAGUAGUAAAUAUUGCAGAAAAUGCCAAUGGGAGCUACAGACUUUAUGAACCGAGCUACAUGAAUGUGAGUCUAGAUUUUGUUCUGUCAUUUUCCUUUGUUAAGACCCGCGAUUCCACUCAAGGACCACUGCUAAAUGCAAUUGAGAUUAGUAAAUAUCUGAAGAUUGAAUCAAAGACUGAUAGCCAUGAUGUGGCUGUUCUCAAUGCCUUUCGUUCCAUGUCCACUGGAAGUUCUUGGAUAAAUGAAGGAGGUGAUCCUUGUGUCCCAGCUCAGUGGGAAUGGGUGAAUUGUUCCUCAACUACACCACCAAGAAUCACAAAAAUUGCACUGUCAGGAGAAAAUUUGAAAGGGGAAAUCCCAUCUGAGAUCAACAACAUGGAGGAAUUGACAGAGUUGUGGUUGGAUGGUAACUUCCUUACAGGAACACUACCUGAUAUGAGCCAUCUUGUUAAUUUGAAAAUUGUGCAUCUUGAGAACAACAAACUGUCUGGUUCAUUACCUAAGUAUCUAGGUGGUUUGCCAACCUUAAGGGAAUUGUACAUACAGAACAACUCUUUUAGUGGGGAAGUACCUCCAGCACUGUUGACUGGGAAAGUAAUUAUUAACUAUGAAAAUAAUCCUGAACUACACAAAGAUGCAGCAAAAAAGAUGCAUUUUAAAUUGAUACUCGGAACUUCGAUUAGCAUACUUGCAGUUCUAUUAGUUCUGUUGUUAGGAAGUUUAGUAUACCUACAUAAUCUGCAAAGGAAGACAUCGCAUCACAAAAGCAAUGGCCAAGGUAGCUCUUUACUCACCAGUACUAAACCUUCAAACGCUUAUUCAAUUGCUCGGGGUUGGCAUUUUGUGGAUGAUGGUAUUUCAUACUAUAUUUCAUUCUCUGAACUUGAAGAAGCUACUAAAAAUUUUUCCAAGAAAAUUGGAAAAGGGAGUUUUGGGACUGUCUACUAUGGCCAAAUGAAAGACGGGAAAGAAGUGGCUGUCAAGAUAAUGGCUGAUUCAUCUAGCAGUCUAACACAGCAGUUUGUGACAGAGGUUUCCCUCUUGUCAAGAAUUCAUCACAGGAACUUGGUUCCCUUAAUUGGAUUCUGUGAAGAAGAACACCAAAAUAUUCUGGUUUAUGAAUAUAUGCAUAAUGGAACUUUGCGGGAUCACCUUCAUGGUUCUGACAACCAGAAACGCUUGGAUUGGCUAACUAGACUGCAGAUUGCUGAAGAUGCUGCUAAAGGCCUUGAAUACUUGCAUACUGGAUGCAACCCCAGUAUUAUACACAGAGAUGUAAAAACAAGCAACAUCCUCUUAGACAUCAAUAUGAGGGCAAAAGUGUCAGAUUUUGGACUUUCAAGGCAAGCUGAAGAUGAUCUAACCCAUAUAUCAAGUGUGGCUAGAGGAACAGUCGGUUACCUUGAUCCUGAGUAUUAUGCAAAUCAGCAAUUGACAGAAAAGAGUGAUGUCUACAGUUUUGGAGUUGUUCUCCUGGAACUGAUCUCUGGAAAAAAGCCUGUCUCAACAGAAGAUUUUGGUGCUGAAAUGAACAUUGUUCACUGGGCAAGGGCCUUGAUUCGUAAAGGUGAUGUGGUAAGCAUUGUGGAUACUGUCCUGACACAGAAUGCAAAAAUCGAAUCAAUCUGGAGGAUUGCUGAAGUUGCUAUCCAGUGUGUUCAACAACGUGCAGUUUCCAGGCCAAAGAUGCAGGAAGUAAUUUUAGCAAUACAAGAAGCUAUCAAAAUAGAGAAAGGAAGUGAUGCAAACCAAAAACUUUCAGGUAGUGGUAGCUCCAAGGCACAAUCUUCAAGAAAAACGUUACUCACUAGUUUCCUUGAGAUUGAGAGCCCUGACUUAUCCAGUGGUUGCCUGGUCCCAGCUGCAAGAUAGCUUUUUCUUCCAGAGUCUUAGUCUAAAACUACUCAUAACUGUAACAAAUAGUCACCAUGUGCAUGUAAUAGUUUGUGUUAUCUAAUUUUUCUGCCUGGUGU